CAGAUUCACCAAUCUCGAAUCCAUUCUCUCGCCGUCUUUCAAUUCUCCGCCAUCGAACGAAACACAGAAUCUUCAGGAUGUGACAACACUGGAUUCCUCCGCCGUCUUCUCCUUCGGUGGAGAAGCGAUUCGAAUUGGAAGAAUCGGUUGGCUUGACAUUGAUUCAACGAUGAGGCUCCUUCAAGCUAGUCCCGGGAUGUAGAAGCUGCAUUGAAAGUGAAAGGCAGGGUUUGUUGGAGAUCAAGGCUUAUAUUAUCUCGGUUAUUACUGAUCCACAUUUAGACAUUCGUCGAGGAUGGAUGAGUAGUGAUCGGUCUUGUUGCCAUUGGAGAAGAAUCAAGUGCGACAUCACCAGCAAACGCGUGAUCGGAAUCUCCCUAUCUUUAGAAUCCAUACGUCCCCCAGAUCCUCUUCCCCAAUUGAACCUAACUUUUUUCUAUCCCUUUGAAGAGCUUCAGAGUCUCAACUUGUCGUCGGGGUACUUCAAAGGCUGGUUCGACGAAAGAAAAGGUGGUAAGGGCCUGGGAAGUUUAAGAAAUCUUGAGACUCUGGAUCUCGGUGUCAACUUUUACGAUACCAGUGUCUUGCCAUACUUGAAUGAGGCUGUGUCGCUCAAGACUUUGAUUCUCCAUGACAACUUAUUUAAGGGUGGCUUUCCUGUUCAAGAACUAAUAAAUCUGACAAGUUUGGAAGUACUAGAUCUGAAAUUCAACAAGUUCAGUGGCCAGUUACCAACACAAGAGCUCACUAAUCUGCGAAACCUCAGAGCCUUGGAUCUAAGCAAUAAUAAAUUCUCUGGUUCAUUGCAAAAACAAGGAAUUUGUAGAUUAGAGCAGUUGCAAGAGCUUCGUCUUAGUCGAAACAGAUUUGAGGGUGAAAUCCCACUCUGUUUUUCGAGAUUCUCCAAACUCCGAGUUCUUGAUCUAUCAUCAAAUCACCUAAGUGGGAAGAUUCCAUAUUUCAUCAGUGACUUCAAAUCCAUGGAAUACUUAUCACUUCUCGAUAAUGACUUUGAAGGCUUGUUCUCGUUGGGUUUGAUCACUGAAUUAACAGAGCUCAAGGUUUUUAAACUCUCUUCCAGGUCUGGUAUGCUGCAAAUAGUAGAGACUAACGUUUCCGGUGGUCUGCAAUCGCAGCUAAGUAGUAUUAUGUUGUCACACUGCAACCUUGGAAAAAUCCCUGGUUUUCUUUGGUAUCAGCAGGAAUUGCGGGUCAUCGAUCUCUCCAACAAUAUAUUAUCCGGAGUGUUCCCCACUUGGCUGCUGGAAAAUAACACAGAGCUUCAGGCCCUGUUGUUACAGAACAACUCAUUCAAAACACUUACACUUCCAAGAACCAUGCGCAGGCUGCAGAUUUUGGAUCUUUCGGUGAAUAAUUUCAACAAUCAACUCCCUAAGGAUGUCGGUUUGAUACUUGCGAGCUUGAGACAUUUGAAUCUCUCAAACAAUGAGUUUCUAGGGAACAUGCCCUCCUCUAUGGCCAGGAUGGAAAAUAUUGAAUUUAUGGACCUAUCUUACAACAACUUCUCAGGGAAAUUGCCAAGGAAUCUUUUCACAGGUUGCUACUCAUUGAGUUGGCUUAAGCUCUCGCACAACAGAUUCAGUGGCCCGAUUAUUCGGAAAUCGAGUGAUGAGACCUCUUUGAUUACGCUGAUCAUGGACAAUAACAUGUUUACAGGGAAGAUCCCUCGUACUCUACUCAACUUAAGGAUGUUGAGUGUGAUCGACUUAUCAAACAACUUACUCACUGGUACAAUUCCAAGGUGGUUAGGCAAUUUCUUUUUGGAAGUUCUGAGGAUCUCCAACAACCGUCUACAAGGUGCCAUACCACCGUCUUUGUUCAACAUUCCUUACCUCUGGCUCUUGGACCUUUCUGGAAACUUCUUGUCGGGUAGCUUACCCCUGCGGUCCAGCUCAGAUUACGGUUAUAUAUUGGACUUGCACAACAACAAUCUCACUGGAUCUAUUCCAGACACGUUGUGGUACGGGCUACGGUUGCUUGAUCUGAGAAACAACAAACUGUCUGGAAACAUUCCACUGUUCAGGAGCACCCCGAGCAUCAGUGUUGUUCUGUUGAGAGAGAAUAACUUGACAGGAAAGAUUCCUGUUGAGCUGUGCGGUUUAAGCAACGUAAGGAUGUUGGAUUUUGCUCACAAUCGAUUGAAUGAAUCCAUACCUUCGUGUGUCACCAAUCUAUCAUUUGGCUCAGGAGGACAUAGUAAUGCUGAUUCAGAUUGGUAUCCGGCGAGCUUGCUCUCAAACUUUAUGGAGAUAUACACCGAAGUAUAUUACGAGUCUUUGAUUGUGUCAGAUCGGUUUUCUCUAGACUACUCGGUAGAUUUUAAUGUCCAAGUUGAAUUUGCGGUGAAACAGAGAUAUGACUUGUACAUGAGAGGAACUCUUAACCAGAUGUUUGGCCUGGAUCUGUCGAGCAACGAGUUAAGUGGUAAUAUCCCAGAAGAGCUAGGAGAUCUUAAGAGAGUACGCUCGCUGAAUCUCUCACGCAAUUCAUUAUCGGGUUCUAUACCUGGAAGCUUCUCCAACCUAAGAAGCAUAGAGAGCUUGGAUCUUUCUUUCAACAAGUUGCAUGGAACCAUUCCCUCACAACUCACAUUGUUGCAAUCUCUUGUCGUCUUUAACGUGUCAUACAACAAUCUCUCAGGUGUGAUUCCGCAAGGAAAACAGUUCAACACCUUUGGUGAGAAGAGUUACUUAGGUAAUUUUCUUCUCUGUGGAUCACCCACCAAAAGAAGCUGUGGUGGUACCACAAUCAGCUCAGGAAAAGAAUAUGAAGAUGACGAUGAAAGUGGAUUACUCGAUAUUGUGGUAUUGUGGUGGAGCCUCGGGACGACCUACGUAACGGUUAUGAUGGGGUUUUUGGUGUUUCUCUGCUUUGAUUCUCCAUGGCGCCGAGCAUGGUUCUGCCUUGUUGAUACUUUUAUCGACCGCGUAAAAGAUGUACUGGGAGUUAUCUAGAGAGGGUUCGUGGACGUGGAGGAUGAAACAAUAAAAUGUAAUAGUUGAAUCUUGCAAAUAUUUUGAUCAUAUUGUCAAAUUUCUCCAUCGUAUAAAACUUUCGUGAAGAUUAACAUAUCAAAUAUUUUGAUCAUAAGCUUUCAAUAUUAAGAGAAGCUGAAACCUUUAGUAAGAAAAAUGAUUAC